AUGACGCAAACCUUGGAUGAUGCGCGACUUGCUGCUCGUAGAGCGGUGCAAUUUGAUAGCAAUGGCCAGUACGAGCAAGCCCUGUAUUAUUAUGACAUUGCUAUUAAACUUCUUACUAGAUUGCAAUUAGAUGGCACAUACAAAGAUAAGUUAGCAGAGUACCGUGAGAGGAUUUCAUCGAUACAACGUCUCAUUCGCGAGGAGGAACAGAAUAGUCAUGAGGCAGAACCCUUGCAUCAAUCUGAAUUACAGAGAUGUAAGUUUCUCAUGAAUCAAGCAUUAGAUGCAGAUGAAGCAGGAUUAAAAGACAUUGCAGUAAAAUUAUAUACCGAUGCUGCAGAACUUGGCCUUAGUACAAAGACUGUUGACCCAGAAGUAAAAGCAAAAUUAACAAAUCUCGUCAGAGUUGCUGUUGAACGGGCAGAGGACUUGAAAGGAAUCAAAACUAUUGAGGACAAUGGUGUUAUGAAAAGUCUUGCUAAACUACCAUCUGUACCAGAAAGCAAUUUUCCAGAUACUGAACAGCCAAUACAUUCAGAACAACCAGUAAAUGCGCCAUCAGUUGCUCCAGCGAGAGAUGUCAGAUCCCCGCUUCAUCGGGGAAGUAGUGGACAUCUCAAGGUAACUGGCGGUAGUACCAAUUAUACUGAGGAAGAAAAGAAAGUGUUGCUCUACAGUUCUCACAUAAAUGAUAACGAAUUUGUACCAUUUAUGAGUAUUGAUCUUGCUGAAAAAUUUCAAUAUGCUUUUCCAUUUACUGAUAAAGACGGAUUAUUAGAAUUAGCGCCGAAACAAAAGCCUGAUUUUGCUGGAUGGCGUCGACCAGAAGAAUUAUAUUCCAAUCCUAAAAUGGUUAUAGGUCAUCAUGUUGAUUACUUUAGCAUAAAACAGACUGUAGUUUCUGAUUGUUCAUUUGUUGCUUCUCUGGCUGUGAGUGCUCAAUAUGAGAAAAAGUUUGGACGGAGACUCAUAACAUCUAUUAUUUAUCCAAAAAAUAAACACAAGGAACCCAUAUAUAAUCCAUUUGGAAAAUACAUGGUGAAACUACACAUCAAUGGCAUUCCACGUAAAGUAAUAAUAGAUGACCUUCUGCCUGUAAGCCGAUACAACCAAUUACUCUGUUCCUACUCUAGCAAUCGUGGGGAGCUAUGGAUUUCUUUACUCGAGAAAGCUUAUAUGAAAGUAAUGGGUGGUUACGAUUUUCCUGGAUCAAAUAGCAAUAUAGAUUUACAUGCUUUAACUGGCUGGAUACCUGAGAGAUGGGCGAUUAGACCAAACGAACCCGAUUUUAAUAAGGAUAACUUAUUUGAUGUAUUACUAUUACGACUUCAUAAGGGAGACGUGCUAGUCACUGUAGCCACAGGAGAGUUAUCAGAUUUGGACGCGGAUCGUACCGGCCUUGUACCAAGUCACGCAUACGCUGUCCUUGAUGUGAGAAAGAUUGAUGAAGAAAGAUUACUGCAAUUGAAAAAUCCAUGGUCUCAUUUGCGAUGGAGAGGUAAUUAUUCUGAGCUUGAUAUAAAUCAUUGGACUCAAGAUUUAAAGGAGACAUUGAAUUAUGAUCCAGAAUCUGCUUCGGUAUUUGAUAAUGGUGUUUUUUGGAUUGAUUAUGACAGUAUAUGUCGGUUUUUUGAUGUAUUUUAUUUAAACUGGAAUCCAGGAUUAUUUAAUUAUACUUAUUGUAUACAUCAAAUGUGGAAAGCUGGUAUUGGACCGGUAAGAGACGCGUACAAUAUUGGUGAUAAUCCACAAUUCUCAUUAGAAGUACAGAGUAAAGGAUCUGGUGCUAUUUGGAUACUUCUUACGAGACAUAUUACCGACAUAGCGGAUUUUCGGCAAAAUCAGGAAUAUAUUACAGUUCUAGUUUAUCGUAACAAUGGAAAAAGAGUAUAUUAUCCACAUGACCCACCACCGUACAUCGAUGGUGUAAGAAUAAAUAGCCCGCAUUAUUUGUGUAAAAUCAAACUUGAAGAUCAAAGUGAUGCAAAAUAUACCUUGGUCAUAUCUCAGUACGAGAAAACAAAUACUAUCUAUUAUACACUCCGUGCGUAUGGAACAUGUCCAUUCAUAUUAAGGAAAAUACCUCAGCUUUAUAAAUACGAAAAAGAGAUCACAGGUCAAUGGAAGAAUAUCACAGCAGGAGGUUGCGGCAAUCAUCCUACUUAUGUGAACAAUCCACGAUAUCAAAUAGUGCUCGAAAGCGCUAACAACAAUAAUUAUUUAUUAAUUAUUUUGAAAGGACCUAAACAGUAUCAAAUAGGCUUGGACAUUAACACCGUUAUACUGAACGAUGCAAAUGCAGCGACUGCAUUUAAAACAAAAAGUUCCGGGCCAUUUAGAUCUGGAUUUGUAUAUUUGGAACUGGAAGAUGUACCCGCAGGAACAUACCAUAUUGUGCCUGCAACAUAUUUGCCUGGUCAAGAGGGACCAUUCUUUUUAAUUUGUAAAUCUUCUUGUAAUUUGCAACUACAAUUUCUUUAACAAAUUAUAUAAAUAAAUUGUUGAAUUAUAAUUAUAGAUAUUUUGUUUACAUGUAUAUGUAUAUGCAUAUACGUUCAUAUUUUUUUGUUUUGUUUAGAACUUUUUACAUCAAAUUUAUUCGUGAUUUAUCUUAAAAGUUUAAUUAGAUAUUUUUUACUAUUAUUCAAUCAAAAUUAAAAUUAAAAAUCGUGUACAAGUUCUGCUAGUAUUUUUUACUAAAAAUUAUUUUUUCUUAUACUAGUUAUCAAUCACUGUAAUAUAGCAUUAUCAGAUUUAUAUAAUAUGUACAUACUCUUUCUAAAAAACUGCACAAUUGAAAUGUAUAUUUAUGUAAUUUAUCAUAAUCUACAUAUAAAACAUAAUUAAUACAAAUACAAUUAUAAAAAAUAAUUUGGGAAAGAAUAAUUUACAGUGGACCAUUUCUUCAUAAUAGUUUUAUUUUAUAUUUUAAAAGUAUAUAUACGAACGAGACUAGACAUCUAUGAAUUUUAUUACCAUCAAGAUUUGUGAGACUUAUUUUAUACUUAUGGUUGUUAUACAAUUGUUGUAUUUUGCUUUGAAAGCAAAAUUUUACAACACAGGUAACAUAAAUUAAAUAUUUUAAUUCAUAUUUAACGUGACUACUUCAGGGAGAAUAUGUACAAGGCACUACAGUCUAAAAUUUUGACUGAUUAUGGUAUGUAAAUGUAUCUAAAAUAAAUCGAUAAAAUAUU